AUCAUCCACCACUUUAAAAACAAACAAAAACAAUUCAGUAGCAUUUAAUUUCUAGCACUUUCAUUGGAAUUAGAAUACAACUAGUAGAAGAAUUUUCAUAGCUAUAGAGAGAGAGGUUAUUGGGUUUUAGUAGUUCUUACUUGAGGGCUUGGUGAUUGGUUCUUUUCCAUGUUCCCCUUUCCGGGGAUUCUUCUCUUUUCCAUGAAUUUUCAAAAUAUCUUUUUGGGCUUUGGGCUUUGGGCUUUGCUUUCUCUUGUGGUCUCUCUCUCUCUCUCUGAAGCAUGUGGGUUUUAUGCUUUUCCCUCUGGAGGAAAUGUAAAACAUCACCACACUGCUGAGAUAAAGCCUGAGCCUGACUUUUUGAGAUGUGGUUUCUGAGCCUCAGAUCACACUGCAGAGCAUGUCUAGUUUAGUUCUCUGUUUCAUGUCAGAAUAUCCAUUCUUAUUAUUAUUUCUUGUUUCUUCCAAUGGUUCCUCCCUUCUUCUAGGGUUCUCUUCCACUUGAUUCAUUUCACUCUCUGCCAAGGUGGAGGCACUUCACUGGCUCAUGUAGGAUUUUGACUUGAGACCCAUUUUUCUUUUCUUUUCUCAUUACAGUAAAAAAAAAAACAAAAAAAAAAGAGAUGGAAUCUGGAGGUAGGUUCUACUCAGUUGACGAGUUCAGAUUGGACCCCAAAUGGCUGAUUGAUCCUAACCAUCUCUUUGUUGGGCCACAGAUUGGAGAGGGAGCUCAUGCCAAAGUCUAUGAGGGAAAAUAUAAAAACCAAACUGUUGCUUUUAAAAUUGUACAUAAAGGAGAAACGACAGAAGACAUUGCCAAGAGAGAAGGGCGCUUUGCGAGGGAGGUGGCGAUGUUGUCUAGAGUGCAACAUAAGAACUUGGUGAAGUUUAUUGGUGCUUGUAAGGAGCCAGUAAUGGUGAUAGUCACUGAGCUGUUAUUAGGAGGAACAUUGCGCAAGUAUUUGCUUAGCAUGCGCCCCAAAUGCUUGGAUAGACAUGUUGCGAUUGGUUAUGCACUUGAUAUUGCUCGGGCUAUGGAGUGCCUGCAUUCUCAUGGGAUCAUCCACCGAGAUCUUAAACCUGAUAACUUGCUAUUGACUGAAGACCAGAAAACAGUCAAGCUAGCAGAUUUUGGUUUAGCAAGAGAAGAGUCAUUAACUGAGAUGAUGACUGCUGAAACAGGAACUUACCGUUGGAUGGCUCCAGAGUUGUAUAGUACUGUCACACUAAGGCAAGGGGAGAAGAAGCAUUACAACCAUAAAGUUGAUGCUUAUAGUUUUGCAAUUGUGUUGUGGGAGCUCUUACACAACAAAGUUCCUUUUGAAGGCAUGUCAAACCUUCAGGCAGCAUAUGCUGCAGCCUUUAAGAAUGUAAGGCCAAGUGCAGAAAAUCUUCCCGAGGAAUUGGCUGUAAUUCUUACUUCAUGCUGGCAAGAGGACUCAAAUGCUCGACCCAACUUCACCCAGAUAAUCCAAAUGCUCCUAAAUUAUCUUUACACUGUCGCACCGCCUGAACCCAUGACUCCUUCAAGAAUAUUCAAUUCUGAGAACACAGUCUUGCCACCGGAGUCCCCUGGUACUAGCUCCUUAAUGGCAAAACGUGAUGGCACAGGUGAUACACCAAGAGCAAAGGACGAAAUCAAGCCUAACGGCUUUCUUUGCUGCUUUAGUCAGUGUUAUUAACUCCCAAAAUCAAGUCUGAGUUAAAAAUGGCAUAAAAAAAAUGUUAGAUAGAAUCUAGUGCAAAGUGAUCCUUUUGACAACUAGGUAAAUGUUCAGAUUAAUACCUUUGCAAUUCCAGUAAAAUUUUGUUUCUUUUUUCUUCAAUCCCACCUAGCAUGUUUUUUCAUCUGACAUACAUGUAUGCGUAGGUAUCAGUCUGCUGAAGCUGACUAAUCAUUCAGCAUUGUUAAAAUUUGCACCUUGAGUUUCUUAAUCAUUGGAUUAUAUCUUGAAUUCGGUUCAAGGGAUAUAUAGUGGACACAUGAAAUUAGAAGCCUUUGUGUUACAUUCAUGUUGCAACUAAUGUCUCAAGUAUGAAGCCAAGGUAAGCAAUGGCAGGAGUAAAUGAUCAAAACUUGAGUAUUUUUAUAGGCAUUGGUUCAUGUGUUUUAUGAUUUCUAUUUUCUCACAUAUAUGAUGAUAAACGAAGCCAAAUGGGAACGCGACUAUGUUCUUGUUCAAUACAAGAUGCUUGGGUUUACCAAUAUUAAGCAUUGAAGGAACAAUGUUCUUGUAAGUUUGUUCUGAGUGAUCUUUCCUCAAUUGACUCUC